AUGGCCUCCGCCGACCACGACCCUCUCAUCCUCCUCCGCAAAGCAAUAUCCAGCAGCCAGCCCUUCGUCCCCAGCGCGUCAGACGACCCCGCCGCCGAGGAGUGCCCCCUCUCCCAGGCGAGUCACCUGCAGUUCUCGGCCCAGGGCAUCGCCCUCGCCAUCGACACCCCGACGCGCUUCAUCUCCAACGACAAGCCCGUCGACCUGCGCAGCAUCCACUUUGCCUGGCUGAACCGCGAGCUCGCCAUCCCCGAGUACAAUGCGUCGGCCACGGCGUUCAACGAGCAGCUCGCGGCCGCCGGGUCAACCGGCAAGGUGCAGAACCUGGGCUUCAUCGAACGACUCGACCUAAUCACCUGGCUGGAGGCGGCCAGCGAGGAGAGCGAAUACAUCAAGUCCGUCGCCGGGGAUGCCGAGGCCGCCGCCGCCGCCGCCGCCGCCGCCGGCAAAGCCCCCGCGACCAAAGCAGGAGCCGCGUCGACCGCGGUGCAAGCCAGAGCCGGCAAGGGCAGCCUGGAUCCGCGCCUGGCGAGCGUCUACGACGGAGAGCGCAGAAUGGGAGACCGGAAUACCGUGCUAAGAGGGAUCAAGCCUACAGACUUUUCGCACGUCCGCAAGCUCGCGGCCCCGUUCAUCCAAAAGAAGUCCCAGGUCUCGGCACCCGGCGCGGCGUCCUCCCUCCCUCUCAACCCCAAGGGUCCGGCUAGGAGACCGGACCCCAUCAUCCUCCUCUCGCCGUCUGCCUCGUCGCUCCUCCGCAUGUCCAACGCGAGGUCCUUCCUCGAGGACGGCAAGUUCACCCCCCCGGACGCCGGAGGCUCGACGGCCAGCAUGCUCCACGUCCAGCGCGUCGUUCGGGCCAUCGACCCCAACCGCCCGCUGCGCUUCAUCCUCGUCGAGGGCUCCGAGCAGUUCAAGCCCGAGUACUGGAACCGCGUGGUGGCCGUCUUCACCACGGGGCAGACGUGGCAGUUCAAGAACUACAAGUGGAGCAGCCCCAACGAGCUGUUCAAGCACACGCUCGGUGUCUUUGUUGGCUGGCGGGGAGAGCUGGCCCCCGAGAGCAUCCGCAGCUGGGGCCAUAGGGUGCUCUCGACGGGCGUCGACCGCUGGCGCGGCGGCGAUGGCGCCGACGCUUCUCGCUUCCGGGACAAGGAGGUUGUAGAGCAGAUUUGGAAGGCGAUUGAGAUGAAUAUGCGAAGCAAGGGCUGGCGAAUCGACGCUGCGCCCGCGUCGAUAUAA